AUGGGUAUUUUCAAUUACGAAUAUGAGGUUAUUACAGCAAUCCCACCAGCCAAGAUAUUCAAAGCUUGUAUCCUUGAUGGACAAAACCUUAUCCCGAAAAUUGUUCCCGAUCAGGCUUUUAAGAGUGUCGAGUUCAUCCAAGGCAACGGUGAGCCAGGUACCGUCAAGAAGAUUACUUUUGCAGAAGGGAGCCGGUUCGAUUAUAUGGUGGAAGAGGUAGAAGCAUUAGACAAAGAUGAGCUUGUGUACUGCUACAGUGUGAUUGAAGGGGGUGUUUUGAUGAACAAACUGGAGAAGAUCACUUACGAAUCUGUGUUCGAGGCGUCACCGGACGGGGGAUCUGUUUGUAAGAUCAGGUGUAUGUAUCACACCAUCGGUGACUUUGAGAUCACAGAAGAAGGAACCAAGGCUGGCAAAAAAAAAGCCUUGGAAAUACUGAAGGCUGUUGAAGCUUAUCUCCUGGAUAAUCCUGACCAUUGUUGA